UUUUUUUUUUUUACCUUUCACCUCAACUUACUCUUAUUUUCGACUUUCCUCACUUAAGUGCGGAAUCAAAACAAUAUAGUUCAACAUGUCGAAAAGUUCAAAAAUGGCGAAUAUCAUCAACUACCGACUUCGGGUAACGUUAUCGGAUUCACGGGUGUUGACUGGACAAAUGUUGGCAUUCGACAAACAUAUGAAUCUGGUAUUGGCAGAUUGUGAAGAAUUCCGUAAAGUGAAAGCCAAAGGCAAAAAGAACGAUACAAAGGAACAAAAGGAACAAAGUAUGAAACGAACUUUGGGUCUUGUUAUUUUACGUGGUGAAACGAUUAUUAGCAUUAGUAUCGACGGUCCUCCACCUCCAUCAGCCGAUGAUGCUAGAAGUAGAAUGACUAUGAUGGGUGGUCCUGGUAUGGGUAGACCUGCUGGACGUGGAUUACCAGCUGCUCCUCCUCCAGGUGUUCCUAUGGCUGGUUUAUCAGGACCUGUACGUGGUGUUGGUGGGCCUGCUCCUGGUAUGAUGGCUCCUAGACCUGGUUUUGGUGCACCUCCUAUGCCUUAUGGACGACCUCCUAUGCCUGGUGGUCCUGGUGCUGUAAGUGAUUGAUACUUUAAAUGAUAAAGUGGG